UAUGUACUGGCAAGACUUGCUUUUGAGAGCUUGGUAUUUAUAUGGAGAAAGAAAAAAAAUAUGCUGCUGAGCAAAGGCAAACAGGAUGCUUUUCCCAAAAUAGUCUACUGCUGUUUCUGCGUGGAGAGAGGAAAAAAAAAUCUCUGAUCUUCUGCUAAAUUAGGAAUGUGAGAUUUGGCACCUGUUUGUUGAACUACAUUUAACGCAGCUUUUAAUAAACAUACUAAUCUUUAAGUCCACUGCUAGAUUUACAUUUUUAUAAUCAUUUCUGUUACGUUAACUUUUUUGAUUAAUUUUUGCAAUAAACUCCAUGGAAUAGAUUUAUUUUGUAACACAUUUGUUGUUUGGAGCUCAAUGUUUGGAUGUGGAUUUUAAUGGAUAAAAUUUUGAUGGUUCACUUCUGCAUACUUUAUGGCUGUUUCAUAUGUGCGCAUGCACACACACACACACACACACACACACACAAUUUCUAUUGCCUCCCCCGACUUAUGAUGUGCUGUUCUGAUCCUUGAGACACUUGCUAACAAAGCACACACAGUUGGAGCUCUGUAGUCAAGGAUGAGUGCUUACAGGGAGGAAAACUGGUAUUGUUAGUGACAGGAAUGGAAGACGCAAAAGACUCUCCAGAUACAGGGAAGAGGAAGCUUGCCUCUGUUAAGGCUCACCCAGUUUUUAAGGCUUUUAUGUGUGGCUCACUCAGUGGGACAUGUUCUACUUUGCUCUUUCAACCUCUGGACCUCAUUAAGACGAGACUACAAGUUCUUCAAAACUCUGUUCAUAGUGGGUCUAAACGUGUUGGCAUGAUCACAGUGCUCAUCAAUGUCGUCCGCACUGAAAAGAUCCUGGGAUUAUGGAAAGGCGUUUCUCCGUCAUUUGUUCGGUGCAUUCCUGGAGUUGGAAUUUAUUUCAGCACCUAUUUUUCGCUCAAACAACACUUCUUUUCUGAGAAAGCACCCACUGCACUGGAGUUGAUAUGUUUGGGUGCAGGCGCUCGGACUGUUGCAGCGACUUUCAUGUUACCCGUUACUUUAGUGAAAACACGUUUUGAGAGUGGCAAGUAUUGUUAUUCAAGUGUGUUUGGAGCCUUGCGGAGCAUUUACCAGUUGGAAGGGCCCCGCUCUCUCUUCACUGGGCUGACCGCCACACUCCUGAGGGAUGCCCCCUUUUCAGGCAUUUAUGUCAUGUUUUAUACACAGACAAAGAGGAUAUUUCCAGCAGAGGUCCUGAGCAGCAGCUAUACGCCUCUGUUAAACUUCAGCUGUGGGGUCUUUGCGGGAGUCUUGGCCUCAGUGUUGACCCAGCCAGCCGAUGUGAUAAAAACGCAGGUUCAGGUGUCCCCAGGAAAGUUUCGACAAACGGGAGAAGUGGUCUCAUUCAUUUUUCAGACUUCUGGAGUAGCUGGAUUUUUCCGUGGUGUAGUCCCACGGUCCCUCAGACGCACACUGAUGGCUGCUAUGGCUUGGACAGUAUACGAGCAGCUCAUGACGAAGAUGGGCUUAAAAUCCUGAAUUGAGCAGAAGUGAUGCCGUGACCAGGAGAGAACUGCUGGGUCUUCUCCCUCCCCCUCUAGCUGUCCCAUUUGUAGCAGGCAAGAAGAAAAGGCUGUGGCCGGUGCAGGCUGAAGUAGUCAUGGGGGGUCUGCUCGUGAAAUUUGUUUUUAAGUAGAUGAUGAGCUAUCGUGGCUGAAUGGGAUGGACUGCAGUUGAUCAAGGACAGAGAGACUUGGGUGUGAUACUGAGGAGGAAGGAACCAAGUCCAUCUGAAUUAUUGAAAGAGAAGUCAAUAAUUUAUUUAAAAAGGGAUCAUUGCAGUUUGCACUAUUAUUUUUUUGUCUGUUUCAGUGUGGUGGCAAAAGAACUCUUAACUUUUUGAAAUGUGAUUUCUCCUCCUUCUGUCACCACCCGCUGGAUAACAUUUUCGUUUGAUCUCCUGGCGAGUGCUCCUAGAUUCUGAUCCACAGCCUGAAUGAGCAAAAUCUGACCAGCUUAAUCCGCCAGAGUGACUCUACUCAUGUAAAUUGCUGGAGCACACGAAACUAAUCUACACGUGGGAUAAUUGAGGAGUCCCCAUGACCUCUCAACAUAUUUAAAUGGCGAGAAAUUUAAGAAGAUUCUGUUUGGUUAAGGUAUCAAAUGGAAAAGUGUCUAAUAAGUUAUAAUAAUCUUCUGGGGUUAAGGAAAGUAAAGCUUGGUGUGCCCAGGACUCUACAGAGGGUCUCACGUCAAGGAGCUGCAGUGCUGACCCCCUGUGAUGUGUGAGUGACAUGUGUCUAAUGUGCUGCCCAGUAAACGGACCCCUGGUUGUCAUCUCUUCAACACUCCUGUCGUCCUCGGUCUGCUGCUGUCUCUUGUGUUUUUUGCAAAUGUUGGUCUAGAUUGUGGUGUUAAAUGUGGCACAGAAAAUAAACACACUAAGAUAGCAAAAAAUGGUUGGAUUGUUG